AUCAAAACGACCGGUUCGAUUGGAGGCUUAGAAACAUCUCUCUCUCUCUCUCUCUCUCUCUAUCUCUUCGCCUGAACAUUACGUGCUCUGCUCCGACCACCGCCCGUCGUUCCAUCUGCCCGGAAGCUGCAUCGCCGCCGCCCCCAACCCGCGAGGCCGACCGCUUCGAAUCGGCAACCGGGGAGCCCCACGUUCGCCAUGGGAUCCGCCGCCCGCGGAAGCGGAGGGGCCCUUCUCCGAGGCCUCUGUAGGGCAAUCACGCGCCGGGGCUCGGUCCACGCGACCUCCAGCUUCGACGGAGCCUUCCUCGGAGAGCGGAUUCACCAAGCGAAGCAAGACAUGUCUCGGUCAUCAUCAAUGUCAUUGAUGAAGCGUAUGAAUCCGUUUUUUGCUGGCCGAAUUCAAGAGAACCAUAGGCUUUUGAGCUCUUCCUCUGCUUCUGCACUUCAUGAAGUUUCUUCCUCUCCAUCACCAUCUGUGGAUGAUGUACAUAUGACAGAUGCUUGCAUCCAGAGAAUGAAAGAACUGCAGGCUGCUGAAGGUUCGCUUAAAGAAAAAAUGCUUCGCUUGAGUGUAGAAACUGGUGGAUGUUCGGGAUUUCAAUAUGUUUUUGAUUUGGAUGAAAAAGCCAAUUCAGAUGACAGGGUUUUCGAGAAAGAUGGAGUUAAACUUGUCAUAGACAAUAUUUCAUAUGAUUUUGUGAAAGGGGCAACUGUUGAUUAUGUUGAAGAGCUUAUCCGUGCUGCUUUCCAGGUGACUGCAAACCCAAGUGCAGUGGGAGGGUGUAGCUGCAAAAGUUCUUUCAUGGUAAAGCAGUAGUCCUCCAAUUCGCUCUCUUUCCGAUCGUCAAGCUGCUUACCAGUGAUGUAGUCAUCUUCUGAGAAACACUUCAUUCUUUGAUUGCUAUUCCUGGCAAUAAAAACAUGGAGCCAUGGUGUAAUCCAUUGUAAAAGAAAAUAGCCAUUCCAUUUUUUUUCUGGAAAUAAAAGGCACGCUGAUUUGUGAACUGAUGAUGAUGCUUAUAUCUGUAACACCUGACCAGCAUUUUGGACUCGUAGCAAUUGUUGGGAUCAUGAACGAUGAUUCUUCCCAUAUAUCUCAUGGUUGCGCA